AACUGAGAUACUUGUAUAUGAAUGCAUACAGACGAUUGGUCCGUGUAUUUGAUGUUUCACCGCUUUUCAUCCCGAGCGGGCAAGUGAGGAAGACUCUUCGUAGCAGUUCGAAUCGUUUGUAGUGUUUUAAAUCGAUAAUUUUGAAAACGUCACUUUCGAAAAUAUUCAAAAAUUUCCUUGAGGUUAGCAGGUAACGUCGCGUGAUUGCGAUAAUAUUUUACCAAAAACUAGAAAAACAUUCGCUUGCGGAAUAAUGAUGAUAUCAACAAUAAACGCUUCUCGAGGUACCGGCAAUGACUCUGUCAUAGGACACUUACUAAACAAUACGUUAUCAGCACACGGAGCGCUUAUGGAGGCUUCUCGUACGAAAUCAUAUCAGGCAACUGGGAAAUCUAUUGUGAUCAAUAUCAGUGGAAAGCGCUUCGAAACAUUUGAAGAGACUCUGGAACUGUUUCCGAAUACGCUUCUCGGAUGCGCAACGACAAGAGCCGAAUUCUUCAACUCAGACACAGGGGAAUAUUUUUUCGAUCGACACCGAGGUUCAUUCGGAGCGAUUCUUUAUUUCUACCAAAGCAAUGGCUCGUUAAUCAGGCCUGAAUCUGUCCCUGUUCAUGUGUUUUACAAAGAAUGCGUUUUCUUCAAACUUCCGGAGGAAAUUGUGGAUGAAUUCCAGAUCGAGAGCGGUGUUCUGGACGAGGAGGAAGAGCGACCGAUGCCAAGUAAUCCGAUUCGUAAAGUGAUUUGGGAAACAAUGGAGUACCCUGACACAUCUAAACUUGCUAAAAUCCUCGCCAUUCUCUCAGUCAUCAUUAUCUCUGCUUCCCUGGUUAUCUUCUGCUUGGAAACAAUGCCCGUGUUCAAUCCCAAACCUCCCGAUUGCCCAGGAAAUAUAACAUCGUGCCCAGAGAAAGAUAACUUUGUGAAUCCGUAUGAGGAGGUCUGGUUUGUGAUUAACAGUGCAAUCAUUGGCUGGUUUACUGCUGAAUUUGUCAUUCGUCUAUUAACGUGUCCGAAUAUUGCUACAUUUUUGGUAGCUCCACUGAAUGUGAUUGAUAUGCUGAGUAUUCUGCCGUACUAUGUCACUCUUGCACUUCAAGAUGUUGGCGGCAGUAUUGCUGUCCUUCGCGUGGUUCGUGUCGUUCGCGUGUUUCGUGUUUUUAAGCUAUCACGGCAUUCAAGAGGACUUCAGAUCCUGGGAAACACGUUACGUUCUUCAUUCAGUGAGCUUGUCAUGUUGGGAUUUUUCCUCUUUAUUGGUGUUAUGAUAUUUGGUAGCUGUAUUUACUAUGCUGAAUUGGGCGAAGACUCUGGAUUCGAUAGUAUUCCUCAUUCGUUUUGGUGGGCAAUUGUUACCAUGACAACAGUAGGUUAUGGCGAUGUGUAUCCAACAACUUUCUUUGGAAAAAUAACUGGUGGAUUUUGUGUGAUUGCUGGUGUCCUAAGUAUAGCUCUUCCAGUUCCUGUGGUGGUGUCAAACUUCGAGCAAUUCUACCAGAAGGAAUUGAAUCGCAGACGGCAGGAGAAGGAUAAACGUGAUGAAGAGAAAAAGAAAGAGAAGGAAAGAAAGCGAUUACAACAACUUGGUUUACUGGAAGCUUCGGAAGAGGAUGAAACAUCAGGAAUGUUGGGCAAUGGUGAGAGAAGACCAGCCAAUCCAACUAACGUUUAACUAGCAUGAAUAUAAUUUUUGAUAUUUCAAACAAAUUUAUCAGCAGGUGCUAACAUGAAGUAAUGGUACUCAUUUGUUAUCGUAAGUAAUAUUUCACUCUUACCGUCAGUCAUGGAGGAAAUAUUUAGAUUGAAAAAACAGUAACUCCACAACUAAGCAAGAAAUUGAGUCUUCGUGCACGUCUAAGAAAAAGGGAGCCUCACUUUGAUUUUCUUUCACAUUCCACUUGUUUUUUAAGCACUGGGCUAAAAUACCUAAAUUACUAUUCGUAUAUGCGUCUUGAUCAUGAAAUGCAAUCUAUAUGAAAAAAAUAUUCAACGCUAGUUUGAAACAAAUGUAAUUCUAAAUUAUUGUUGCCAUUUAUUUCGUUCUACACUCCUCUCACAACGGUAGUGGCUGGUUGAGAUGAAAUACAACCGAAUAAGACAAAAAGUUUUUCAGAAACGAUAUCUGCCUGAUAUUGUUUCACGUACUAAACAACAGCCAAAUGGGAGCUAGGCUUUAAGACGACAAAAGGUUUCUCGAUACGAGCAUCCAGAAUUGACAUUUAAAUAAUUGUGAAUAUUUGUAAUUUAUAUCAAUUUGGUACUUUAAUUACCAUUAGUUGCUCUAUUGGAGAGGAAUAUUGCAAUUUCUGUUGUAAAUUUAAUUCAUUCUGCCUUAGCAUGAUUUUUUGUCAUAGUUUUAUGAUGAUGUAAUGUAGUAAAUUAUACAAGCUACUGCUUGCUGUUCGUGAUAUUAUUAUUAUCCCAUUCCAUAUUUAAUAUAUUGUCUAUAGACUGUAGCUAUAUUGUAAAUACAA